CACACUUUCCUGCAAGCCAGCAGGAUGGUAUCAUUCUAUGGUGUUACUUCUGAUUUGAGAAGGAAAUACGUCAUAACCGAAGUGGGAAUCGUGCAGUUAAUAAAUUUUUAUUGAAUUGUUUCGAAAGUGAUUCCUAAGAAAAAAAUUUACAGCUGCGAUAUAAAGAACGGAUUUUAAAUGCUUGCAAUUAGUAGAUCGCAGACUCGAAAUGGUGAAUAUUGUAGUGAUUUUGAGUGUCGUUCUUUGUGUUAGCGUUGCUGUAGCUAAUGCUAGUUCAUGUGGACGACUUUUUGAAAACAAGGUCAGUGAAAAUGACAAGAAAAUUAUUGUCAAUAAACACAAUCAGUUGCGAGGCUUGAUUGCACAAGGAAAAGUUCCCGGACAGCCGAAAGCAAAGAAUUUGAAAAAUCUAAAAUGGGACGACAAGUUGGCCCAACAGGCCCAAAAAAUCGCAAAUUUGUGUGAAUUCAAACAUAAAAAAGUGAACGAUUCCCGUUUUUAUGUCGGCCAAAACUUGGGUUGGACGGGUUCGACUGCCAGUUCUCGGCAAACCGACUGGAAUGGGAUCAUCCAGAAAUGGUUCAACGAGCAUAAAGACUUCAAAUAUCCAACCACUUCCAAAGGGGUGACCGGACAUUACACCCAAGUUGUUUGGGCUGACACCCAGCUCGUCGGAUGUGGCUACACAUUUUACCGUAAGAAUUCCUGGUAUGAGAAAUUAUAUGUUUGUAAUUACGGUCCUGGAGGUAAUUACAUUGGAGAAGCUCCCUACAAGAUAUAACCUCGAACAAUAUGCUAUCAUAUUCCAUUAUUUCAUGAUUGUUACUUGUCACGCAUCUUUAAUUUAAAUAAAUGAUACACUUUUUAA